UGGUUAAGUCCACUUUAACAAAUGGUUACCAGCCAAAUAUAGAAUAAUUGAGUUCUAACAGUCUUCUGUAUGUGCCUGCCUUUUUCCCUCGUUCACCUGUGAAUUCGCAAACCUUUCGCCGGCUUCUUUGGAGCUCAAAGGCAAUUGGUUUGUGAGGAGUACAGUUUUGGGAAAGCUAUCUAGCGCAUGUGGAUUGGCGUUCGUUGGCAAGUUCGAGAAUUUAUCCAAACCCAGUGCUUCAAAGCUUGAGAAAUGAGGUGCAUCUGUUUGUGCUUUGCUUAUGAUGUUUGGGAUUGUGCUGUUUUGUUGGUUGGAGGUUCUUUGAGCUGCGGGUAUUAGACGUAUAUAUUAGAAGCAGGAUACCAAUAAUGGCUCACUGUUCAAACUGGAGAAAUAUUUGAGCUAGCAGUUGUAUCAGUUCUCCAUCAUGCCCCUCUCUGAGUUUUAUAGAAUGGGCAAAUCGAAGCUUGAAUCUACCCAACAGAAAACCACCAGUUCGACCGAUCUGUCUUUUGUACCUGAUAAUGAGUUCUGUGAGCUGGUCUGGGAAAAUGGUCAGAUUAUGAUACAAAGUCAGUCUGAUAGAACCAGGAAGAGCCCUAUUUUCAACAACUUCCCUUCGCACACACCCAGACUUCGAGAUAAGGUUGUGUUGAAUGCCACCACUUCAAAGACAGGGAAGUUUGCGCCAAUGGAGUCUAUCUCAAAUGAUAUUCCAAUGUUGGUACCUUCGAAUGAAAUGGGUUUUAGUCAAGAUGAUGACAUGGUACCUUGGUUGAAUUAUCCCGUCCAUGAUAUCCUGCAACAGGAUUAUUGUUCUGAACUCUUACCUGAGAUAUCUGGUGUCACUGGAAAUGAACCCUCCACCCAAAGUAGUUUUGCAUUGAUUGAUAAAAGAACUGGUUGUAAUCAGACAGUUAGGGGUUCACAAAAUCUUAAUGCACAUAAGGGACCAAGUUUAGAACAGGGGAAUACAUCAAAGUUUUCUUCUCAAAGAACUCCCCAAUUAUAUCCGUGGUUGUCACAGGAAGGCCAAAAAUUGGUUUUAUCUCCUGGAUCAGGAGUCUCAGAUAUCAUCUGCAAUAAUAAUGCCAGCACUAGCCAACAAACUGUUUGUGAGGAUUCAUUUCUGGGUCAAGCUUCAACAGGUGGUUUUCCCAUGAAGAUGCAGAAGCAAGAUUCAGGAUUGCCUCGUAGUUGCUCUAGUUUGUUGAACUUCUCCCAUUUCUCAAGACCAGCUGCUGUUGUUAGAGCUAAUCUUGAGAACGUGGCUGCUUCAGGUUCAUCAGGUAUAGAAAUGACGGGAAAUAAACGGUCUGCAUCAGGUGGUGGGAGUCCUUCCAAAUCCGUACAUAUUGAUCCGAGGAGUAGUUUACAAAAAGAAAUGGGCUUCCGUAGUCAACCUAAUUCGGUGCUAGCCAAGGUGGAUUCAAAAACAGUAGCAGCUAAGCCACCAGAGGAGUCACAUCCUGUUGAACAAUCUGAUGGUAUAUGCCGAGAAGAUGCCAUCAAGAAUGAUAAGUCUGCUAAUGAAGUUCUUGGUGCAAGCUUAACCAAGAGAGUGCCAGAUGGUGACAAAACAGACGAGCCAGUGGUUGCUUCUUCUUCUGUAUGCUCAGGCAGUAGUGCAGACAGAGCUUCUAAUGAUCUAGCAAACACUCACAAACGAAAAUGUCGAGAUACCGAUGAGUCUGAGUGCCAAAGUGGAGAUAUCGAAGAAGAAUCAGUGGGUGGGAAAAAGGCAGCUACAGCUCAAGGAGGUACAGGUUCCAAGAGAGGCCGAGCAUCAGAAGUGCAUAAUUUAUCUGAAAGGAGGCGAAGGGAUAGAAUCAACGAAAAGAUGCGUGCAUUACAAGAACUCAUACCCAACUGCAACAAGGUGGACAAAGCUUCAAUGCUUGAUGAGGCCAUUGAGUAUUUGAAGACGCUUCAACUUCAAGUACAGAUUAUGUCAAUGGGAGCUGGGUUGUAUAUGCCUCCAAUGAUGUUGCCAGUAGGAAUGCAACACAUACCUACUGCUCAUAUACCACAUUACGCACCAAUGGGUAUUGGGAUGGGAAUGGGAAUAGGUUUUGGGAUGGGUAUGGUAGACAUCCAUGGUGGAUCACCGGGAUGCCCCAUGAUUCCAGUGCCCCACAUGCAAGGAGCACCUGUCCUUUCCCCACCUGUGUCUGGGCCCACUAGUUUUCAAGGAAUAGCUAGAUCUAACUUUCAGGUUUUUGGUCAUCCUGGUCAAGGACUGCCCAUGUCAGUGCAUCCAGCUUCCUUGGUACCUCUCCCGGAACGACCUCCGAUAAAUGCAGCCAUGGGAUUGAAUGCAGUGAGGAUGGCUGUCAAAGUUCCAAAUGUUGCUUCAACCAUGAACGCGAAAGAUUUGAUGCAGAAUGCCAACCCACAAGCGGUGCACAAUGUUGAUGCCAGUAGCUCAAUGCACCAGCUAUCUAGUCAGAAAUGUCAGUUCCAAGCAAAAAAUGGGGGUUUUGAUCAGCCUUCUUUGCAAGAAAAUGAUCAGGCACCAGAUGUCAGUGGUAGUGCAGCUGUAAACUUGGCCAAUGCAAUCGUACCUAGUAAAACUGCUGGUUGUAAAUGACAGCCAAAAUCAAACUUUUUGUUGAAGAUCAGUGAAAAAAUUUGCAGCCAAUGGAAAUUGAACCUUUCAUUGAGUUUGUAACAUGUGAUUUGGUUAAGACAAAUGUUUCUUAGUCUCCCACAGUGAGGUGAUAAUUUUGUGAUAUUGUCUGAAUUCAGUUUUUGAACUGUACAACUAGAAACUGCACAGAUUUUGGUAUUCUUAAGAGACUUGGAUCACCCUCCUUUUGUUCAUUAACCUGCAUGAUUAAUGCAUUGGUGGCGUAUGUCCGAUGCCAGAUCAUGGAAUUGAAGCUCCGAGAAAAUGUAUUCAAAACUCUAUUCCGAACACAUGUCAACAAAUUUUCAAAUUAAUGAAAUCAUAAUUCUCAGAGUUGAUUUU